UUGUAAACAAGGAUUAUUUGUGUCUCUCAUGUGUGGAACUUUACCACUCGUGAUCACGUCCACGAGAUUUUAACUAAACGAACCACUGAACUUCGACUUUCCUCGAAGCUCAAGACCUGAAGGGAAGCAUUUUAGUCGAGAUGUCCUGCAUCGGACAGACCGUAUUUCAUUCGGUAGAGACAAAUCUGAGCUUGUUUUUCAGCAAGCAUUCAAUGCUUAGCGAAGCACUUUCAUUGUCGCCCUUGGUACAGACCACAGCAGGUCAGUUGAUGAAGAUUUUCUGUGUCGCCCGUAGUUUCUCUACUUUUCGACUUGCUUUGAAAGGGACAACAUAUCUUAGUGCUCGAGCAAAUCAAAUGUUACAGCAGAAUUGUGGAUACGAUUAUCAGGACAGAGAACCGAAAGAGAACAUACACCUUGGCCUUAAGUCGAGAAACGCCAAGUUCACUCCGAGCUUAAAUACAUGUAUCACCGCUGAAAACCUCUUUGACUACGGAAGAUCACGAUUAAAGGAAUUGAUUGAGGAAAACACGCCAGAAAGCCUCCAAGAAAGCGAGUUACUGAGGAUUUUUAGAUCGGCUGUAGGUUUACCUACAGAUAAACGUCUCGGGAACACGGAAGGCAUUCACAGCUGUCAAUCGUUGAAUGACCAGGACAGCAUUUCCACUUCUUUCUGGCAUGUUGCUGAGGAAAGGUGGAAGGAAACAACGGAGAAGCUUUCUUCAUAUACACCAGAAAAGAUGCUUCACAGUGCCAUAGAGUUAGCACAAGAAAGGGUGAAGGAUUUUAUGGCCAACAACUCUCUGGUUUCACAAGUAUUAGAAGCUGGAGAUCUGCUAACUUCAGCAAAACAGUCUAUCAAGAAUGAGGCUGAAAUUCUGUCACAGCUUUUGUGCAAGGGGGGAGAGCAUACGCUUUCUGGUGUGUCAGAAUUUUUGAAAAGAUACCAUGAGAAUCAAAGCACUCUUGAAACACUGUACAACUUAGUAAAUGAACACAUUAUCAGCCAUCUAGCUUGUGAAGGAGUGGAGUUGUUUUUGGAGUAUAUUUGGACAAUGAAGCCUGAUUUUUAUGAGCAGGACUUUUUGGCAGCAAACAUGCAGCACAUUGACGAUGAGGGAUUUUAUUUCAUGGCAGAAGAACGUCAAGUACCAAGGCGGUCAAUUCUGUAUAUUGGUGCAAGAUAAGCUACAACAAUAAUGAUUAGAUUUUUUUCCAGAUAAAAAUGACCAUGAUCAUUAUAUUUUAGGUGAUAUUGGGUGCUUACCAAUUUGUCAGAAUAAACCAGUUGGGAUGACCGUUGAUUGAAGGUAAAGGUUUUUCCAAAAAUUAGCAAACCAAUUGAAGGAGAUGGCUAUACCAAUUUACAAUAAAUUUAGAUUUCUCAUAAUAUUAUAAUUAUUUUUGGCUGAUGACAGACUGGAAACUGGAGAAUUAAACAGGUGGUAAAGAAAUUAUUGCUGUUCUGUUAUAAACGGAGAAAGAGGACUUCCUCAGGAGGUUGUCUUCAAUUCCCAAACAGAUUUUCCAGAAAAUUAAUAUAAUUACUGUUCCAUUUGCCAUUCAACCAAAAUUUCAGGAUGUUGCGGCUAAGUGGCAAGCACCUGUGGUUACAUUUAGCUGCCAGUAAGGAAAUGAAAAGACUAAAAACUCUACUGCCCAAGUCUUACAUUAGCAUAAACAAUGCUUGCUGAGGUUAGCUGAGUUGAAACUUUCCGUAACAUUUGACAUAACAAAGGGUGCAGGACUACUUUUUUAUGUUUAACUUAGUAGUAAACAUCCAUGGCAGCAAUCUCCUGGAUCAUUUUGGAGUCUCCCAGAUUCAGACCAUUUUUGCCAGUCUGUCAGAGGAGUGGUCCAAACUCCUGAAUACAAAGGAAAGUGCUGAAAAAUUAUGUACAGUGGUUGCACACUUUAUGAACUGUAUAAAUUCAGGAUUGAGUCGGUGAAGCUCUUUCUUGGUCUGCCAUUUUUUCAGAGUCAACAAAAGGUACAUUCUCGCAAAUUGGCAAUUGUUUUUUUUUUUUAGGGUUCUUUUACAUUGGCAUCACAGAGUUAAAGGAGGUCUGUUCACCUAGAAUCUUAGAUUAGAAUGACUAAAUUAAUGCCCUAUUUAUUACAUAACUGUGCUUUUCAACAUCAUGAACUAUAAUCCUUGAAAUUUAAUUUUUAACUGGCAGUUGCUUUUUUCACUGCAAUUUGCAUGUUUGUAAACCAAGUUUACAGCAAUAAAAGAAAACCUGUGACAUAAAACUGGAAGCUGGAUUAGCAACCUUUCCUAUAGGAUAGGAAGAAAAAGAUUUUUAGAAAAAAACAAAAAUUAACUGCACAUUUAAAUUUAUCUAAUUUUGUGGCCAGGCUUAUGCUAAACAGCCAAGCUAACAUUGACACAUGUUAAGUGGAAAGAGGUACACACAAUGCCUUGCCUCCUGUGGUGCAAAUGGUGGAUCCCACUUUGAACUAGAUAUCACACUCUCUAGUGGAUGGUGUAGUCUGUUUUGUUGUAAGUUAUCUACUGGAUGUGAAUUGCCAAGUGGAUAGUGUUAUCCACCCUUUGAACAACUGGGCCCUGAUCUAAAUGAAGACCAUAAUUGGAUUAUGUUGCCUGAAGAACAGAAAGCUUGGCCUGGAGACUUGUUUUUAAGAAGACGACUUGUAUUAUAUCUAGUUGAUACUACUGUAAAAGUCAUGUAAUAUAUUUUGCUUUCAUAGAAUGUUUUAAUGUAUAUAUUUUAUUGAAAAUUGCCAUUUUAUUUUAAUGCCAGUACAUGCUGAAAAUAAAGAGUUACUAUUGUGCCCACCA